CACACACACUCACACACUCUCACACACACUCACACCCCCACACACUCACACAUACAUACACACACACACUCCCACACUUACACACUAAAACACAAACUAAAAAGACGUGUUCAACUCUUCUCACUUUACUAGAACAAAGUCGUUUUGGUACUGUUGAGUCAUCAACCAAGUGGGGUCCACUCUCUCUGUGUGGACGUCUUCAGACCCUGAAAGUUCGACCCUCAACUCUCCGAACGCUGAGCGUGGAGUCAGGAAAUCGAUCAGAUAGCGAUCAAUCAGAGUGAAGAAACCGGUUCCUCCGACACAUGAAGCAGCAAGAAGUUUAGACACCAGUCCUUCAGAAGAGAGCAGCAGAGCCACCGCGAUGGCGUCGUCCUUCCUGUCUUGCGUCGCCCUCUGUAUCGUGGGAUCUGUCACCGCCAUCCGUGCCCUGCCACCAACUGAGCCGCCGCUGAUCCACGACCACCCCUUCGUGGCCAUAUGGAACGCCCCCACCGGCCAGUGUCGACAGCUCCGCAUCCCGCUGGACACCGCGGCCUUCCAGGCGGUGACCACGCCCGCAGCCGGGCCCGGUCAGUUCCUCACCAUCUUCUACGAGGACCGCCUCGGCCUCUACCCCAAAGUCGACACCGCCAAACGCAAGCUUUACAGAGGCGGGGUCCCCCAGAAGGGCAACCUGACGGAGCAUCUGGCCAUGGCGCAGAGUCAAAUCGAUCACUACAUCUCCCGGGAUUCCUCUCCCGGGCUCGCUGUCAUUGAUUGGGAGUCCUGGCGCCCCCUGUGGGACCAGAACUGGGGGUCAAAACAUAUUUAUAAGAAGCUGUCCAUCACUCACGCCUUGCAGAUGGCCCCUUUUUUGUCAUCUAGGAAAAUUUCCAAGAUGGCAAAGAGCCAGUUCCAGCACUCUGGGCGGCGCUUCAUGGAGAAGACCAUCAGCCUUGGCAUCGGCGAGCGUCCAAGCCGCCGCUGGGGCUUCUACUUGUUCCCCGACUGCUACAACUAUGGCUGGGGGAAGACCGGCUACACGGGGAAGUGCUCCCUGAAGACCCAGGAGCAGAACAACCAGAUGCUGUGGCUGUGGGAGCACAGCACCGCCCUCUUCCCCUCCGUCUACCUGCAGCAGAACCUGAGGAACUCCCCCCAGGCCGCGCUCUACGUCCGCAACCGUGUCCAGGAGGCGCUGAGGGUGGCCGCGCUGCCCAAGCGCCCAUACACCAUGCCGGUCUACGUCUACUCCAGGCCCCUGUACCGGGACCAGACCCAGAAGUUCGAGACCCAGGCGGACCUGGUGAGCACUGUAGGAGAGUCUGCAGCUCUGGGAGCUUCAGGGGUCGUAAUGUGGGGAGGAACCAAAGACUACAACAACAAGUAUGCCUGUGAGUCUCUGUCCGAGUACCUGACGUCCACCUUCAACCCGUACAUCGCCAACGUGACGGCGGCCGCCAUGCUCUGCAGCCAGGUCUUGUGCCAGGGGAGGGGCCGCUGCGUCAGGAAGAGCUACGACUCUGCCCACUACCUGCACCUGAACCCCGCCCACUUCAGCAUCCUGCGGGCCGACAAGAAGUACAUGGCGAUCGGUCUCCCGUCCGCCGCCGACCUGAACGUCUGGGCCGAGAACUUCACCUGUCAGUGCUACGCGGGCUGGAGCUGCUCACCCAAACUGUCGCAGCCAACCACAAUGAAGCUCAUCUGGGUUUAAUCUGGCAUCCUGUUUUCAGAACUGCACUUCCUGCUGAUCCACAGAUUCCAUUAGUCACUAAGACUACUACUGUCUGUAAUUUGAUGAAUUCACGGUCUCUUCUACACAACGACGGAAAGAUUACACGUUCUGCAAAUUAAAUAAUUAAACUCUUUCCCACGUCAGUAUCAACACUGAUUUAUUUAUUAUUAAGUCACCUAAAUAAAUGCUUUUCUGAAAACAAUA